GAUAAGAAGUUCAAAUUAACAGAAAAGAAAUGGAAGAAUUAUUGGUUUCCAAAGUCUUUCUAUUCCCCAAACUCCUUCCGGCCAGAAGGUUCCUCCCCUUGUCCGCCUGCCUCCCCGAGGACAUUCCGAGCCGGACUGCCGACCACGGCCCGGAGCCUCCGGUCCGUAAGCCGCCCAAGGGGAGUUCGCAACUGAACCGCUGGUCCAGGGCCCGGGCAAUCCGGUCGGGCCGGCGGCUCGACGGGCCCACCUUCCGGAAGAUGACCGCUCCUUCCUUUCCCUCUCCUCCUCCUCCUCCUUCCUCCUCUUCCACCUCUUCCUUGAAUCAGUUGGACGAGAACCCACAGUCCAUCUCGGACGCUUUCCAGGACGACGGCGUGAUGGCUGCGGCGAAGCCCAUCUAUAUGGUGUCCGACGGCACGGGGUGGACGGCGGAGCACUCCGUCAACGCGGCGUUGGGGCAGUUCGAGAACUGCCUCGUUGACCGGAUCUGCCCCGUGAAUACCCACCUCUUCUCAGGGGUUGAGGAUAUGGAAAGACUGAUGGAGGUCAUAAAGCAAGCUGCAAAAGAAGGUGCACUGCUUCUCUACACCCUUGCAGAUCCUUCAAUGGCUGAGUCUGCAGAACAUGCCUGCAAUCUCUGGGGUGUCCCAUCCGCAGACAUACUACGACCGACAACUGAGGCUAUUGCUGCCCAUCUUGGUGUUCCACCCUCUGGGAUCCCCCGAGGUGCGCCAGGCCGAAAGGCUCCACUAACUGAAGAGUACUUCAGACGUAUUGAAGCCAUUGAUUUCACCAUCAAACAGGAUGAUGGAGCACAACCUCAAAACCUUAAUCGUGCACACAUCAUCCUUGUUGGUGUUUCGCGCACUGGAAAGACGCCCUUGUCAAUAUAUUUAGCUCAAAAGGGAUAUAAGGUGGCAAAUGUUCCUAUUGUCAUGGGUGUGGAGUUGCCCAAGACGUUAUUUGAAAUCAAUCAGGAGAAGGUGUUUGGUUUGACAAUAAAUCCAGUUGUUCUGCAGUCCAUUAGGAAGGCAAGGGCCAAGAGUCUAGGGUUUGAUAGUGAAAUGCGGAGCAACUACUCAGAGAUGGACCAUGUGAGGGGGGAGUUGGAAUAUGCUAAUAGAAUUUUCAUGCAAAACCCAGUGUGGCCAGUCAUUGAGGUAACUGGGAAAGCAAUAGAAGAAACUGCAGCAGUUGUUGCAAGGAUAUACCAUGACAGGAAGCAGAAGUGCUUAAUGCCACGCAUUUCCAAACGAUACUAGAAUGAGUGUGCAGAUAUUUAUAGGUCUUGUAAGCAUGCGUCCAUUGAAUUGUAUGUCAAAGUUUUCAAUAGAUUUGGAAAGGUAUGCGCUCUAGAUGUGGAGGUUGAUUAUUCCUUGAUAUCAUGAAUUUAUUGGUCUACUUUCUUUAAAAACUUUUUUCUUGCAAAAUAGAACAUUAAAAAAAUAUACUGUGAAUGAGCUUAUGUUUAAUUUACAAAAAGACCAAAGAGAUCACGUAUUAUAUGCUCUCUCUAUAAUCU